UUUUCAGUGACACCCCUGAACAUACGCACACCUCCAUGGAUCAGUUUGCACAGGGGACCCCAAAACAACCACUGACCUGUACGACACGUGAGCUGGCUAUGCAUUCAUCACUCAGAUAACCUAACUUUCAGCCAAAACAGUUUGUACCGUGACACGCCGGGACGCACUUUUUUCCUUUUUGUUAUUUUCUUUUUCUUUUCCAGCCACACACUACUAAAAAAGCAUCUUUGGAUUCAUAUUUUUUUGGAUUAGAUGUAUGUCACUGAUUGUGUGCCUUUUGUAGGCUGAGGAGCGGCUCAUAAUCGAAAGAGGAUAUAUAACGGAAUAAAUCGAGUCCGAAACAAGAGAGGGGAGAGGGGAAAAGUUGCCUCUCCUGGUGUCCGCGCAUCGUCAUGCCGAAGUACAGCUUUCUGUUGUGUUUAGUGGUGCUCAUCUCCCUGGGAAAGUCAGGGAGCGAUGAGCCCAAUCUGCAGCUUCCUCCUGGCAGCGAGACGCCUUCGGAUGCCGGACUGUCUCUGCUGGACGAGGACGCAGGUUCUCACGAGUGUUCCGCCUGUGUUUGGAGGGAGCAAAGUAAAGUAUUAAGACUGGAGACCAUCAAGUCCCAGAUCCUGAGCAAGCUGCGUCUGAAACAAGCACCUAACAUCAGCCGAGAGGUGGUCAAUCAGCUGCUGCCCAAGGCGCCUCCGCUCCAGCAGCUCCUGGAUCAUCACGACUUCCAAGGAGACGCGACGUUGCAGGAUGAGUUUAUGGAAGAAGACGAGUACCACGCCACCACGGAGUCCGUGAUCACAAUGGCCUCAGAGCCGGAACCCCUGGUGCAGGUGAACGGGAAGCCCAGUUGCUGCUUCUUCAAGUUCAGCCCCAAACUGAUGUUUACCAAGGUCCUGAAGGCCCAGCUGUGGGUGUAUCUGCGACCUCUACAGCAGACCUCAACCGUCUACCUGCAGAUCCUGCGGCUGAAGCCUGUCACGGAACAGGGCAGCCGCCACAUCCGCAUCCGCUCCCUGAAGAUCGAGCUCAACUCCAGGGUUGGCCACUGGCAGAGUAUUGACUUUAAGCACGUACUGCAGAACUGGUUCAAGCAGCCACACACCAACUGGGGGAUCGACAUCAACGCCUUUGAUGAGAGCGGCAAUGACCUGGCAGUUACCUCACUACGACCUGGGGAGGAGGGGCUGCAGCCGUUUCUGGAAGUGAAAGUUCUUGAGACCAGCAAACGAUCUCGGAGAAACCUGGGCCUGGACUGCGACGAGCACUCCACCGAAUCUCGCUGCUGUCGCUACCCUCUGACGGUGGACUUUGAGGCGUUUGGAUGGGACUGGAUCAUUGCCCCCAAACGCUACAAAGCCAACUACUGCUCUGGUCAAUGCGAGUACAUGUUCAUGCAAAAAUACCCCCACACGCACCUGGUGCAACAUGCAAACCCACGAGGUUCUGCAGGGCCUUGUUGCACGCCUACCAAGAUGUCCCCCAUUAAUAUGCUUUACUUUAAUGACAAACAGCAGAUCAUUCAUGGCAAGAUACCAGGGAUGGUAGUGGAUCGAUGUGGGUGUUCUUAAAUUGUUGGAGGAGGCACAGACACAUUUUAGUAUAACUGUCUUCAAAACACCCAAAAUUCCUUACAGAGCCCCCUGGCACAAAAACCCACUCUUCCACAUCAGAUUUCACUUUUGCUCGUCCAGAAAAACCUGCCUCCAAGUUUCCAUUUUUCUGAAAAUUAAAUUUAUUUAAGUGUAUAACAAAGAAAAACAUGAUUGAAAUACAUUAAAUUAAAAAAAAAAUUUUUUUGGAGAGGGUGUCCUUUUGGAGCAAAUAUGUUAAGGAAGACAAAACUAAAUAUUUGAGUAUGUGUUAGUUAUGUGUUUUUAUGGCAUUUUUGUGAAAUGUCUAGGAUAGUGGAGUGAGACAAAAGGAGACAAGUGUUUUCCAUUAAGAAACCAACUGUUUGUCAUGUCAGUUAGGAUAUAUGUGACGUCACAGGUACACCUACUCACAGGUGAGAUUCCUUUCUCCUAAAUGUUUGCAGAGGGACAUGAGCAGAAUGAUGUUGCAAUCAAUUAAUUUAACACAAAAUAUAAUUACUGUGAUUCUGUUAGAAUAAAUUAAAACUUGUGUUUCCAUUCGUUUAGCCAUUUAAGUGUGGAAAAGAUCCAAAAACAAACCAAUUAUUAAUGCAUCUUGACCAUCUUUAAAACAUUUUUUUGUAGAAUUUGAAAAAAGGAAAUUAAAGUGGUCAUAGGUGAAAAAACUGGAUCUACUUUUUAGUCAAUGAAAGAUGAGACCUUUCGUUCAUCAUGCACACUAAAAAAAGACUUUGGAAAAUACUUAUUCUGCAUCGUUUAGGAAAGGAGAAAAAGAGCAAUAGUUAACCCGACAAUUUUCCUGUCUGUUCAACAAACUGCAAAUAAAUACAAAUGCUUUUUACUUUUACAGUAAAUGUUGAAAACAGUUACACAAAUGCACUGUUUCAUAAAUCUAAGGGGCUUGGCACAUAACAUGUCAAAAAAUAAAAUAAAAACAGUCGCUAACACAAAAUAGACACACUUCUCACAUUUUGGCCAGGAAGUAGCACAGACUGGGACUAUCUCUAGAGGUUUAUGUAUUUUUAUAUGUUCACAAUUGUGUGGCUAAGGGUGCAGGAUGGGGGCGCGCAGGACAAAAAACACUUGAAUAAAGAAGGGAGGCAACGUUGAUUCCGUCAAGGCGUUGAAUUCACUUUCUUUGACUCUGUUUUUUUUUUUUUUUUAUAGAAAAUCUCUGCUAAGAAUUAAAGUCCCACUCCAAUUAUCUUUUGACUUAUAGUAAAAGUGUUCCAGUGGGUUUUUGACUAUGUUUUAUCAAAAAACCUGUGUCUUGUUCUAGGACAAAGUUUCUGAAGAGCAGCAGGAGUUAAUUGGAAAUUCACCUAUUAGAUGUGGGCGGGACUGUAGGUUUGAAAAAAAAGCCUGCCUUUAUUUCCCAUCAUCCCUUUAUUUACACUCUCUCCCGCUAGCUUACAGCCCCUCACAACCUAAAGGCCGUGUCACACACCCACUACAUACGGUUUCCAUUUUUUCCACAUAAGAAAUUUCGGUCUUUCAUGAGACAUGCGUGAUAUGUGUAAUUUAGAAGUAUUUCUUGCUUUCGCCAUUCGUCAACUUGCGCAGAUGUCCGUGGAGGGUUUCAGUCGUCUGGUCUUGACAUGAAUUUGGUUUUGAGCUGUUCAAAAUUUUUGAUCAGUGGAGAAUUAUGCAGUUGAUGCAUAUUUUAUGUCCCCUACACAAAAUUAUUAAAUAAUUCUUAUGCAAUUGUUCGUGAUUUUUGCAAGACGCAGAAGCAAAUUUGUGUUUUUAUGACCGUUUGUUUUAGCGUGGUUUAUUUGUACUUGUUCCGUGGUUUUAACGUGGCUCAUUCGUGAUACAUCUGUGAAAAUCUCACGUAAAGACCACAACUUUUCCCACAUAUAUUCACGUACGACCAAUUGUUAUUUGUACGUAGUGGCUUUGUGACAUGGCGUUAAAUGGCGAGCAAUAUUUGGAGCUCUCCGGCCGUACAGUUUUGAGCCAGAUGCCAGCUCAGAAACAGAGAACAAAGGCAUACAUGGAUCUAGUCGUCUAUAAGAGGAUGCAUCGGAAUGGAGCACAUACAUGAAACCUACAAGCUUUUAUUUUUUUCGUCUGCUCCUGAUUUACAACAAUUUGAAUGGAAAAAGAGGACUCAGAAAUCUCUAAAAUAAGCUUAAUUUCCUUUUUAUCCCUUGUGCUAUCUUAGAAGACCCCCCCCUUACUUAGACGUGUUCUCCCUACCAUGACAAAGGUGGAUAAAGGUGGAAAGA